ACAGAGAAAAUGAGUGAAAAAGGGAUGCUUCCAUUGUUCUCUUAAUAUUAAUUUGAACUUUAAUCACUUGAGAUUAAAUAACCAAAAUCUCCAUAAAAAGAUGAAAAAACAAAAAAUUGAUAAUUUGUUCAUUCAUACAAAACCCCAUAAAACGUUUUUAUGUUGUUGUUUUCUGGGUUGAGUUCUCCACGUGUUGAAGCUUCAUAGUUCAAUCCCAAAACCAUCUGUUUUCUGUCUUUCAUUUCACAUAAUUUUUUUUCUAUUUUCAAAUAAAAGUUUUCUUCUUUUCUUUAUACGGAGUACUACUUCUCAUUCUUUUUCCUUCCAAAAUUCUGGGUAUCCCUCAAGCAUUUAACCCAGAAAAUGUUGACAAAGAUGAAAAAUUUAGUAAAAAAAAGUUGAAUCAGCAAAAAAAAUCUGGGAUAUUGGUGAAUGGAAGGUUCAUCUGAGCUGUAUUCAAUUUCAAGCAGUAGCUCAAAAAGCAUGGGUGAAACAGUGAAUAUAAGCAACAGUAUUAGCAGAGGAUUUAGUGGUAGUAGUAUAAUUAGCAGUAAUAGUAAUAGUAACAGUAGCAGAAAUAGGAGCAAAGAAAUGGAGAGUUUAUCUUUGGAAAUAAGCAAAUAUCCAAGAGAUCUCUUGCAAACAUUUCUAAGUAGUAAUUCUGGAGAGAGAAAGAGUGGUAAUAGAUCAGCUGAUGAUGAUGAUGAUGACGAUGAUGAUGGUUUGAAUCUAGGACUUGGGUUAUCAUUAGGUGGUAAAUUUGGGGUUGAUAAGUCUAAGAAUUUAGGGGGUUUGAUAAGGUCUUCUUCAAUAGCUGGGACCAUGCCUUUCUUCAGGGAGGGGGGUGAAGAUGAUUCAGGGGCGGCGGUGACCAUGGCGGCGAUGGCGUUACCACCAUCAUUGGGGAACAAUAAUAAUAAUAGCAACAACCACCUUGUAAGGACAGCGUCGUUGCCGGUGGAGACGGCGGAGGAAUGGAGGAAGAGAAAGGAGAUGCAAACAUUGAGAAGGAUGGAGGCGAAGCGGCGGCGGUCGGAGAAGCAGAGGGUUUUAAAGGAGAGUGGUAUUGGUGUUGGUGGUGGUGGUGGGGAGGAGAAAGGGGUUGAAGGGUUGAAGUUGAGAGCAAGAUUAGAAAGGGAACAACAAUGUUUGGGGUUGACUAGUAAGUUAAUUGGUUCUUCUUCAAUUGGGACUUUGUUUAAACCACCUCCAUCUGGUAAUCAUAAUCAUUUGGAGGUUAAAGGUAGAAGAACUACUUUUGGUAGUUUGCAAGGUUUCUUGAUUGCUCAAGAUCAAGCUCAGACUCAGACUCAACCAAAUCAGGGUUCUUCUCAAGGUUCAGGGGAAUCACAAGGGUCUGAUGCCUCUGAGCUUGAGAGUAAGACCCAUCAAGGAUCAAGUAGCUGUGACACAAGAAGCUCACCUGGUACUCAUUCCCAACAAGAGCGUACUGGUAGCCAAGAAAGUGAAUUCCACAGAGCUAGCCGGGCUGAGCAGACUGAAAAUAAAAAGAAAGAGACAAUAUCAGCAACAGCAACAGCAUCGGCAUCAAGUGGAAAUGCGAUAGAGGAUAUGCCAUGUGUGUUCACAAUAGGAGACGGUCCAAAUGGUAGAAAAGUGGAAGGGAUCUUAUACAAGUACGGGAAAGGGGAAGAAGUUCGUAUAAUGUGUGUUUGUCACGGUACUUUCUUCUCUCCUUCAGACUUUGUCAAGCAUGCCGGUGGAACAGAUGUAGAUCACCCUCUUAGACAUAUUGUUGUUACCCCAUCAUCUACUUCUCCAAUCCUAUGAUAUCAUCUCUAAUUCAACCCGGCCGCUCAACGUAUACUUAUAUAAUAUUGGUUUUGAUUUUAAUGUAGAGUUUAAUGUUUUUUUUAAUUUUAAUUUCUUCUUGAGGAUCUUAAUUUGUACUUCACUUAAUUGUGAUGAGAUCAAAAUGGUAAUAGGCAAUACAUACUUUUAGUUUUGCCUUUCUAUAUGUUACUACUAUAUGGGUUAUAUGGUUUACACUUUA